UCCCCUUCGCUCUCUCCCUCUGCGCUGGCUCUACUGCUGCUAUUCUGGGAAGCGGCGCUCGGAAUAACCCCCAGUGCGCGCGUGCGUUUCUGCGUGUCCGUGAUUGCGCUUGCGUGUGUGCGUCCUGGAGCGUGUGCGUCGUGCGUGUCUCCUGAUUUCACCCUCGCCAACAAACAGACACUGACUGACAACACACAGACAUUUACAGUGGCUGCGGCGGAGCUAGGAGCGCCGAGCCGAACGGAUUCACGCUCGUUUUUACGCUGAACUCUCCGCUUUUUCCGCGGUGUUCAGCCUUCGCUCUGUCCUUUCUCGCCGCGGUUUUCUGGUGGAACUACACCCUUGGUCUAUUGGCGUCUUGUCAAGCCACAGCCAGGCGGAACCCAGCUGUCCUGUCACUUGUCCUUUCGCUUCCUUCGUGUUGACAUUCUGUCCAAAGGGGCCAGGAACAACUUUGUGGACAAGAGGAGCAGCUUCUUUCAUUAUCAGAUCCCCAUGAACCAAUGCUUCAGCUAAACCCAACUGGACAGACUCAAGCUAAAACCAAACUGAGCAUGUGCAGAAAAACAGAUUGCCUGUUGGACAAGGUGAAUGACUUCUGAAUCUACCAAACGUGGAUCUACUUGCACUUUUACUCAAAAAAGAUCAUUUGGCUUUGGCUUUGCAACAACUGGAGAAAUUAUCAUGUUUACAAUAUCAGAAUCAGAGCGCUACAAUGCUAAUGUUGCCAUUUGAUGUUCCUGUGUUUUUGCUUACUCAUAUUUUGGUCCAGUGCAGCAAUGGACCAGAGCUGAACUUGGCUUUAGCCCCAAAACUUUGAGCUAUGAUGUUAAUGAGCUUUGGGACUUUUUAACUGUCUAAAUCUCCCCAACUUCCCCCCUUUUCAAACCUAAGAAAGAGCAUUACACGAUGGAAGCUCAGGAGUCAGCUUCCGGCGGCGGGCAGAAAUGCCAAAGCAAAGAUGCAAUGAAGGACAGGGCAACUUUGCAAAGGAAGUGGGCAUCAGAACCUACAUCCACCAAACGAAGCACUUUUGCUGAUCCAGAGGCUAAGAACAGAGAGAGCUUACCUUGUGGUGCUACCGGUGGAUCUGUGCCACGACAGAAAUACGGUAUGAUAGGAAAUACUGGGAAAAUGCUACCGGGACACUCCACAAUUGGAAGUCAAGGGCAAGAAUCGCAAGGACCAUAUGGGCAAGGAUUUCCGAGGGGAUAUGCCUACCAGAUGGGCCAGCAGUAUCCACAACAUCCAACAACAGAGCAGCGGUUCUUGUCCGGAGCCAAACCUCAGCCAGGACUCGAACCUCAUGCUUGGCCCUUUGCCGGACAGCUCCCUUCAGACGAGUUAUUUGGACAUCCUGGGCAUACGCAACCACAUGCAUCUGGGGCAGGACGCUUUCCAAGGCAAAAAUCACCAAGUUUACCCAGUUCUUUCGGGCAGUAUUCCCAAUCGGAUUCCUUGGAAGAGAGUCAUGGCAAGAAAGACCAAAAGCCAAAAAAGCCCGGGAAGUAUAUAUGUCACUAUUGUGGACGAGCUUGCGCCAAACCAAGUGUGUUGAAAAAGCAUAUCCGGUCACACACAGGAGAACGACCCUACCCAUGUGUGCCGUGUGGAUUUUCCUUUAAAACUAAAAGCAACCUUUACAAACAUCGCAAGUCCCACGCUCACGCCAUUAAAGCAGGUCUGGUGCCGUUUUCUGAGUUGGCCGCAGCCCGAGCUGGAGAGUUGGACCAGGCAUCUCCAUCAGGGGAAGCAGAGGUGCACUCAGACGGAGAGCAGAGCACAGACACGGACGAGGAGGGGGUGGAAGGAGCCACAAUGCUGAUGGACAAAGGGAGUCCUGUACCACAGAUAUCCUUUGAGGCUGGAAAAAAUGCAGGUGGUGUGGAACCCGCCUAUGCAGACUCAGCUGAAGAGUUAUCCAUGGGAGCGAUGAAAGUGCCUAUCCUGAUCGUUCCCAAACCUGGAGCUGUCCCUUCUCCAGGAAUGGAAUGCCCCCCUUUCCAAGACAUCAAAACCUCACACCACAUGCUGGGUUCUCAAGCUGGAGGACGGGUGCACUCUCUGGAUGACCCCACUGACAUAAAAAGGUGUCUAGCCAUGAGAAUAAAAGAUAAGAAAAGUCUAGAUUCAGAUCCCGCAACCCAAUCGCUUAACCUCUUGAGCCCAUGUAAAGGCAGUACGGACUCAGGGUACUUUUCCCGUUCUGAAAGUGCAGAACAGCAAAUUAGCCCUCCAAAUACGAAUGUCAAAACUUAUGAAGAGAUUAUGUUUGGUAGGACAUGGUACUAUCGCCCAAAUUCUCGAACCAGACAGUCCAUAACAGUAGGAAUGGCUGGUGCAGACCCCAACACUCUAGCUAGCUUAAAGCAAAAAGGUGCUAUUAUGGACAUGGUAAAGCUACACGAAGAUAUAUGUUUUAGAAGUGAUGUGGGUGUAUCUGGAGACCCGAAGCAAUAUCUGCCUGGACCUUGUCAAAGCAGCACCGGACUCCUUGAACCUCCUUCUGAAUCAAGUCACCUCACUAGAAGCAACUCAAUGCCAACUCCAUCACCACCAAACCUUAGCAUCCCGCCUGGAAUCCGAGGCAGCCACUCUGUUGAUGAAAUGAUGCCUCCGGAUGAGGUAUUUUACCCAUCUGCGCUUCGGAUACUCAGAAGACAGAAGGCAUUUGAGCAUUCAGGCAACGAAGCUCAUGUUGGAGAAGCAAUGGGUGGCAAAAUGGUUGGCUCGCAAGGUACGAAAGUUAGCAUGUCUGAUCUAGCGACAAGGAAACGCAGAAAGGUCAUUAGUGUAGGCGAUGAGGAGGAUAGUCCAGGGCAUUGCGAUAGUAGCUGUAGUGGCUCAGUUGAAAUGGCAGUAGAUUAUGAAUUUAAAGGUAGUCUUGAUGGCGCAAGAAGUACUCCAACAGGAAAAGGGUCUUUCCAUAGCCAGUCUGACAGCUUUGAUACAUGUGCCAGUAUGUGCUCUGAAGACAUUGCACUUUUUAAUGAGUUGGAAGGCCGUAAAGCAGCCGGGAAUGUUAUAUCUGUCAUCCAACAUACCAAUUCACUUAGCAGGCCAAAUUCUUUUGAGAAAUCAGAAUCUUUUGAACAGCAAACAUAUCAGGAUAGGCCCCCAAUUACCCAGUGCUCGGAACAAUCGGACAAUGAAAUUUAUGAGGAUGCUUUGAGUCCAGAAUCAGUUUAUUUUAGGACAGAAAGUAUGGAGCAACAGGUGCAAAGUGAUAGUGACCUAGCAUCUCAUUCGUCAUCAUCAGCAGCACCCUCUCCUGGACAGCCGUAUCAUAUACCACACAAGCUAGUACGCCAACCUAACAUCCAAGUUCCAGAAAUCAGGGUGACAGAAGAGCCAGACAAGCCAGAGAAAGACUCAGAAAUGCCUGCAUUUAAGGAACCAGAAAAAACCCAACCCCAUCAAGAGGAGUUUCAGUUGCCACAAAGGAGCGAUACAUUGUCGCAAAUGCCGUCCGAGAAACUCCCACCCAAAAAGAAGAGGUUGAGGUUAGCAGAUAUGGAGCACUCAUCAGGGGAGUCCAGUUUCGAGUCUACCUGUACCAGCCUGUCCAGGAGUCCAAGCCAAGAGAGCAACCUGUCCCACUCCUCAUCAUUCUCAAUGUCGUUUGAUAAAGAAGAAGCAAUCAAGUCGAUGUCGCCAACCAAACAGGAUGACUCAAUGGCCAGUGGGCCUAAGCAGUCUGAGUUUCUGACAGUACCGGGCAGUGGUCAUUCAAGCCACCACCAGCAAAGAGAGAUGAGGAGGUCUUCUUCAGAGCAAGCCCCGUGCACUUUACCAUCAGAGUUACCAGAAAUGAGGAGCAAAUCCUUUGAUUAUGGAAGUCUAUCCUCUUCGCGACAGGGAGAGAUAUACUCCAGUGCCUCUGCCAUGAAGGAGAGAAGAAGAGGAUUUCUGGUCCGACAGGCUUCGCUGAGUGUCUAUCCAGAGGCAGUAGCUCAGGAGUCUUCAAGUGAGAUGGCAAUCAAACAGGAAGAACAUGGGUCUUGGUCAACCGCCCCUGGUGGUGAUGUUAUGAGGAGCAAGAGAGGUGGCAGUGGUGUGGGCUCUCAUCCUCACCAGCAGCAUGCUCAGUACAUACUCCAACAGAGCAUCAGUGAAGACAGUCUGCAAGAUGAACCUCUUCAUGUCAGGCCCCAGCACUACCGCCUACAGACCCAGGGAUCUUCAUCAGAAGGAGAACAUCAAGAGGUCAUGAACAAGGAAAUCAUGCAACAAUAUCCAAGUGGCCCACCAUUUAUACCUUUCCCACAACAAGGUUUAUACUGGAGCCAAGAUGGCGGACAGAUCCCUAGACAUCAACUGGCCAUUCAAGCACAACAACAACUUCAAAAACUCCACAUCCGCUCUCCUGGACAUCCCACCCACAAACAUUCAAUCCUCGAUCAGCCGCCUCCAGAUGCAAAAGCGGAAACUUCCCAAAUGUAUCCUGUGAGUUUUUCAUCUCGUAGUUCACCACUAUCUCAGCCUCACUAUGUAUCUAAGGCUAGCCAAUCCACCUCCACCACCAGUUCAAUGCUUUUGCAACAGAUCCAACCAGUAUUUGCGACACAAAAUGCAAACCCACAAGCCUCUCUACCUGGUAUGCUAGUUCCUGUUCGUAUACACACCAAUGUGCCAUCUUUCGGUAGUGUUAUGUACACCAGUGUUAGCCAGCUAGUACCUUCACAAGACAGUGGACAACUCAUCAAAGUUACAGAUAGCAUACCUCCAAGCAAACCACCUUCAGGGGGAAUUUUAGGCGGUAUCAGCGGUACUGGAUUCAACUUAGCGCACUUCCUGGGACAAACUGAUCUUUCUGCAAUAAGAAAGUCACCAAAUUUAGCAUGUCUUAACACGGGAAUCCCACUAUCGCUAACAUCAGGGACAAUUUCUACAACAGAUGCAUCUAGCUCAGCAGUUGGUGGGAAACGUAUGCUAUCACCAACCAGUUCUUUGGAGUUGUUCUUUCAAACCAAGCAUCAAAAACGUGUCAAAGAAGAAAGAAUGUAUGGACAAAUUGUCAAAGAGAUGAGCGCUGUGGAGUUAAGCGGUGUGGAAACCAAAGCCAAACAAUACAACCAAUCACAAUCAAGUGAAGAAGUUGAUGAAUCAGAAAGAAUGUCCCAGUCUCCUCCUUUAAGUGAUGUGCCUACCAAAAUUUCCAUUCCCGUUAGAUCUUCUGCACCGCAACCUCCAGAUUUGCCUCGAGCUGAAAGUUUUACUCCUCCUUUGCAAAUUGUUACCGUUCGUUCACCAAAAACCAGCGGAAGAGAUUCACCAGAAGACCUUGAUAUUGAUGUUUCCAAUCCUAGCCCACAAUCAAUGGCAUCUAAUGAUGGAGAGGAUAGCGAUAGCCCCAAGAAAUCCAAUGCUAAAUCCCCUGUUAGCGUUCUAGUCCAGCUUGCUGCUAACCAAAAUAUUGGACAAUCUGGACAGACUUUGCAAGUGACAGAUACAGCAGAUGCCCAGCAGUUUUUCCAGUUCCCAAGCUUAAGAACUCUUAGCAAAGUUAGCUGGUGCUUUUUGAACUACACCAAACCAAACAGCAAUCUGAUUAGUGAACGUAACUCAGUCUAUAGUUCUUGGUGUGUUAGUUCCUACAAUCCCAACCCUCUGAAUCUUAGCACGAAAGCAGCACUAGCUCUACUCCGGUCUAAACAAAAGAGAUACGCAGACUGGAUCUUCACCACUGCACCCCUGUCGCCUCCAAGCUCUGGGAAGCUGGUCUCGUCUAUUGCCUGGAAGCUACGGUUUGAUCAGUUGAAGCCAGAGUUGAUGCCUGUUGAUGUGAGUAAAUUUGGGAAGAAGAUGAAGGGAGUGGUUUCCUGGGACCGGUCCAAAGAAGAUCAGGGAGAGAAGGAGGUGUCAGUCAAACCACCUGCCGUAGAGCCCACCCGAAUCAAGAUCUUUGAAGGAGGGUACAAAUCGAAUGAGGACUAUGUGUAUGUUCGCGGGCGUGGUCGUGGGAAGUACAUCUGUGAGGAGUGUGGGAUCAGAUGUAAAAAGCCCAGUAUGUUAAAGAAACACAUUCGCACUCACACUGAUGUCCGGCCCUAUGUCUGCAAGUACUGCAACUUUGCCUUCAAGACUAAAGGAAAUCUGACAAAGCACAUGAAGUCAAAGGCCCACAUGAAGAAGUGUCUGGAGCUCGGAGUGUCUAUGUCGUCAGUGGAGGACACAGAGGCAGAUGAAGGAGAUGCAGUGGAGGAUCGCUCAGGAAAACUCCAGUCCUCUCUUGAGCCGCACCAGUUCUCGGACGCCGACGACUCUGACGGUGAGGAGCUGGACGAAGACGAGGAGGACGAAGAGGACGACUAUGACGGAGACUCCACCCCCAAAACCCGCUCGCGCUCCACCAGCCCCCAACCGUAUGGCCUACCUGCUAUGUCCAUCACAUCUGUGGCCCCUCAGCUCUCCCCACAAUCCCCUCACCCCUCUGGCUCUCCGGACAUCUUGGGAAACUCCUCCAAACCGCCUCCUUCUCUGUUCGGAUACUUCACAACAGUCCCGAGUAUUCAAAUCACUCCGCAAGCUUCGCAUUCUGUUGAUUCAAAGGAGCAAUUCCAGCGCGGGACGACUGGGAAUAGACUCCUUGUUCCGCCAUCUUUAGAUGAGGAGUUGUCCAUGUCAUCUUCCGAUCUUUGCACCCCGUCUCGCCUCUCUUCUCCGGGAUUGGACCACUCCGGAUGUCCCUCCCCCAUCUCUCCAUCCUCCUCCCCCUCGGCUCGUCGCUACCUCUCCCCGCACCGAGAGCUCUCGCCCAGGUCUGGACACCUAUCUCCUCGCAGGGAUGUUUCGCCAUUACGCCACAUAACAGGGACUUAUAGGAGAGAUUUGUCACCCCGAAGAGGUCAUCUUUCUCUGCUGUCUCCGCUGUCCAGACCCACAUCACCUGGAGGAAGCAGAGAUUUUAAGAGGGAUCUGUCCCCUAGAGGGCGCCACCGGGGGAUGAUUAGACCACUGUCCCCAAGAAGAGGGCUACAACAUCAGCACCUCCUGCACCAAAGCCAGCAGAGUGGGUCUCGUAGCCUUAGGGCCGGUCUCCAGUCUGGGCUGUUGGGUCAGACACGAGCCAGUGCCGACAUGGAGACGGAUCAUUUGGGUUCAUCCUCUCCAGAUGGGAACAGGGGAAGUCCUCCUCAUCAAGUCCUAUACAGUCACCUUCCUCUACACUCACAGCUACAGGUGCGCUCUCCAUUCCCAAUGAUCCCUAUCGGUGGCAUCCAGAUGGUCCACUCCGUCCCAGUUUCGGUGAAUUCUCCUCUGCCUCAACACGCCCCCGCGCCUCACACCUCGGCUACAUCCCCCCGAAUCGUCAACCUUCAGAAAAGCACCUCUGAGGACUCGAACCAGGGCGACUCGACCCCUCCUCCCCCUCCUCAUCUCCACAGAAACAUCUCACCUUCUCCUCAAACGCCACAAGACCCAGCACGGCCCGGGGAAUCGGAGGAGGGUAUUCAAACUUUCACUGACAACUUCUCGUCCCUCUGCAUCGAUUCAGAGGCAACCUCGGACGAAGCGAAAUCACAAAAUACGCCAUUGCACUUUAGCCAGUCGCCAACUCCCAGCCCCUCCUCAGAAAGCACAAUAGGAAGCAAAGAACCAGCUUCAUAACGUUAAAACGAAGGGAUUCAGUGCAAGUUUGAGAGACACGUUUUGCACAUGCAUUAUCUUAAUAGUCUCGUAUGUAAAAAGCAUAUUGUCCGGGGCUACAAUUUUUAAUUUAAAGACAUUGAAACCGAUCGACACCUGGACUAAAGGUUGGUCGGGAGGUACGAAAAAUUCUAAAUUACGUGUGCCUUUUUUCAUUAUUUUAGUUUUUUGUCUUGCUUAUUUCUUAUAAGCAACAAACCAGGAAGGUAAUUGUAAAUAUGAUAUACAGUGUAUCAGCUUUGUAUUCAUGCAAUCUCCCCCAUGUCCUUAUACCCCCUCUUUCUUUUACGUCAUGUGAUUUUUGUUCUUUUUAGUCACCUUAAACAAGCGAUGUGAAGUUACGGAUUAUUACGUACGGUUGCACUAAAACAUAUUUUUAUAAGAGUGAAAUUUAAAAAUGGCUUUUUUGUGUACAGCAGCAAUUCUAUAAUACUAUUUAUUAUUGUUACCAUGUUUCAUAAAUUGUACAUUUUUUUCUUAAAUGUCGUGGAUGCCUUUUCUAUGUAAAGCAUGGGUUUUGCUAUGGCUUUAGUUAGAGCGAGGAUAUGUACACUGUAAAAUGGCUUUAUGUGUGAGACCAACACGCUCUCGAGUAUGUAGAAAUGUGUGUUCAAUGUCUCUACUGAUGCUGAAGAAGUUAUUUCCCCACCAUCUAUCAAAUACUUUAAGAAUAUAGUCUCUUGAUUUGAGCAGUUUUGACUUGACAAUUCAAUUAUCUAUCAAUGAAACCCAACUUUUUGUACUUAAAGUGAGAGAAAAAACAUCUUGUUAUACUUAAAAAAAAAAAAAAGAAAAAAAGUUUGCACUUAAAAUGAGAAAAAAAUAUUGUUCCAUUGGUAGAUUAUUUUACUUGACAAAUCAAAUCUACUCCAAUAUGUAAUUUUAACUCGCUCAGAUACUUUUGGUACUAUACCCUGCUUUUUCUGUUUCCAUUUCAAAAAGACACAUCUAUGCAUACACACAUUAAUACAACUGUCAAAAGAUUAGUAUUGCAAAGCUAUAAUUUUUUUUUUAGUAUUCUCAUUUUGAGAGUUUAAAUGUCCCCAUACGAUUCACAUUUUGACUAGAUUUUCUCCUCUAUGGGUACAGUUCAUGUUCGUAGAUACAAAGAAUAUUAUUUCAGGAAAUUAUUGAAACUCUGGUGUACAAAAAAUGCAAAAUAUUAUCCUAAGAUUGUAGGGGGCGCUGUCAGCAUCAGUACAGAGCCAUUGACCACAUCUGUAACUCCAUAUGGGAAUGUGUUGCUUUGGAUCUAUUUAAAUCGGUCUAUGUGGCUGACUUAGACGCUUAUACACAUAGAAGUACGUAUGUUACCCAGCAUAUAAAUACAAUAUAUAAAUCUAUCUAUUCUCUAUCUAUGUGCACUUAACAUUAGAGACAUUCACAUUGACGUAGUUUGGCUUGUACAUUUCCGCUGCUCUUUCUGCCUGUUGUGGACUUUUUUACAUUAUUCUUCUGUGUGAUGGAUCUUUGUUUUUAGGAGUCUGCAUUGAGCAUUAAGUGAAUGCAUCGUGGCAUUUAGCACACGUCACCUGUUAAACAAUAACAAUCUAAUGCAGAAACAUUCCAGUCCAUGUAAAGUAACCACUUUAACUACUUUUCACAUACAAUCCUUUGGUGAAUAGCUAUGAAUCAGUUCCUCUUCCAAACAUCUGAAAAUGUUAAAGAAUGUAGGUAAUCUUGUCUUUUUGUUAAGCUUCUCUUUCUAAUGUACACUCAAUUAUCAAUUAUAUAGGAAAGUCCAACAAUGAAGAAUAUGGGAUCUUUUGAAUUCAAAUGAUUGGAAGUAAGCCUUGUAGCCUUUUUUAUAUUGAAAACAGAUGAUCAGUUAACCAAAGCUGUAACGGGUUAAAUAAAAUUUACCCUACUAGUUAAGCUUAUUGUAAACCAAAUUAAAGGUUGCCAAAGAAUGAUACUUCUUCACUGAAUGUAAAACUUGAAGAAAAGAAGCAUCAGUACUGAUGGUCCGUCACUAUAUAAACUGUCAAACAGUUGAUACUGUCAGUGACUUUGAAAUGCAGUCUGUUGCUCACAUCAGAUUAUUCAUGUUUUCAAAGAAAUCUUAGUAACCACAGUUACUCUGACUAAUAAAAUACCAGAUGGUUUUAAACAAUAGACAGGACAGGAUAUGUUUCUUAACUCUUGACAUGAACAAAGCCAUGGUCUAAAAAACAUUUAAAGACUGCAGUUACAUUAUAAAAUAAAAUAACAAAGGACAAAGAGAAAAUGGACAAAUUCAAAUCUAUUCACCAAACUCUGAAGCCAAAAGCACCUUACUCAUACAUCUCUCUCUCUCUCUCUUUCUCUCUCUCUUUCUCUUUCUCUUUCUCUCUCUCUCUCUCUCUCUCGUGCAUUAAAGCUCCGUCCUAACAGUCUGACUAAUCCUUCUGUACAUUCUCGCUUCUCUCUCCUCAGCAUCCAUUUUGUAGCUAAGCAAUAUUUCUGUGAACUCUGCUGGCGGCAGGGAGUGUUCUUGUUGCAAGGCAACAUUAGUUAAACCCUUGAAUCAGGAGUUAGUGGGAGUUUGUGGACACUUGGGUGCAUUUCUCUGUAUUCUCGGUGUGUAUUCAAACCAAUAUAUCCUCUACUACUUCUUAUGACGAUGUUUUUUCUAUUUCCUGUUAUGUACUAAACUUAUCAUGACAACAAUGAUGUCUUUAAAUCUCUCAGAAAUAUCAAAGCACAAGUCAUUGUAUAGAAAUGACGAGCGUAAGAAAAAGGACAAAAAAAAGAUGGUGUGCGUUUAAGGGUAACUCUGUGACGGUGUCUGUAUCAUGUCUGAGUGAGGAGUCGCAGUACAAGUGGACAAUGGAUUGUUGUUUUCAAAUAAAUAUGAAUACAAAUUUA